GAUAGGAGAAGAUGAUGAUGAUGAUGAUCAUGAACAUGUAUUUAUGAAAAAAUGGGGAACGAAAACCGAGAUAUAGCUCCAGUGUUAUUGAAAUUUGGGGUGGCUUUAGCAUUGUCUUUUGGUGGCGUUCUUUAUUCUUUGCUCAUAAACAAGAGAUCAAAGGCUUCUCAAUCCCCGAAAGAUCCUCGAAAACAUUCAGAUUGCAAUAAACAAGGGAAUUCAAGAAGCAAUGAUCUGCGUUUUGAUCCGCUGGCAACCGAUAAACAUGAGGAACUGCAUGAUUUGAAAAAUACCGAAAUUGUUAGAGCAAAUAGUGAAUCACCAAAAGGAUAUUCACAUGCAGAAAAGGACACCCAUGAACAAGAGAUCAAGAGUCUAAGAAACACGGUAAAAUUCCUUAAAGAAAGGGAGAGUAACUUGGAGAUCAAGUUGCUUGAAUACUAUGGUCUAAAAGAACAAGAAACUGUAGUCAUGGAGCUUCAAAACCGUCUUAAAGUGAAUAACGUGGAAGCUAAACUUUUUUCACUAAAGAUAGAGUCGUUACAAGCCGAUAACAAGAGAUUGGAGGCACAAAUGACUGAUUAUAAAAAAGUUGUAAUGGAUCUUGAAGCUGCUCGAACCAAAAUAAAGAUGCUAAAAAAGAAGCUUAAAUCAGAAGCUGAACAGAACAAGAAACAAAUCUUAGAUCUCCAUCAACGAGUUCAAAAGAUGCAGGAAGACGAAAACAAACAUGUACGCAAGAUUGAUCCGGAGAUCGAAUCAGAGCUCAAUAAACUUAAGUGUCUAGAAGCCGAAGUACUAGAAUUAAGAAAAUCGAAUGAUGUUUUGCAACUAGAAAAGAUUGAAUUGGCUCAUAGAUUAGACUGUGUUCAAAUCCUCGCAACAUCUGUCUUAGAAUAUGCCGAGAGCGAGAAAGCCAAAGAAGAAAGUCAAACCCUGAAGAAACAAAAUGACGAUUUAACAAAACAACUCGAGACACUUGAAGCAGACAAAUGCGCUGAUGUUGAAGAACUUGUUUACCUCAGAUGGAUCAACGCAUGUUUACGAUAUGAGCUCAGAAACUACCAACCAGGACCCGGUAAAACAACCGCUAGAGACCUCAGUAAAAACUUAAGCCCAAAAUCAGAAGAAAAGGCCAAGCAAUUAAUCCUAGAAUACGCUAACAAAGAAGACCAAGGUUUAAUCAAUUUACAAGAAAUUGACUCUGAUCGAUGGUCGAAUUCUCAAGCUUCAAUCAUAAGUUUCAGUGAUUUUGACGAAUCAUGUGUUGAAGAUUCGUUACCGCAUAAUAAGAAAAAUAAGUUUUUUGGAAAACUUAUGCGGAUAUUAAGAGGAAAAGAUAAGGAUAAACGAAAUCAUAGCCGGAAUUCAUCUGAAGAUAUGAGUUCUUGUUGGUCACCGGAGAAUCAAAGGUUGAGAAUAUCGUCAGAAAAGUUGACUCAUAGGCAUAGUGAUUCAAGUUUUUAUAAGCAGAUUGAAAAGGAUGGUGGUGGUGGUGGUCGUCGGUCGUAUUCGGUUUCUACCGGUGGGGGGAAAUCUGAGUUAGUGAAAUAUGCAGAAGCUUUGAAAGAUUCACGUCCCAUGUCAAAGUUUAAGGCUCAUCGGAGAACGCCGUCGCUUACAUUUUUCUGAUCGGUUUCUUUUUUCCAACAACUAAAUUUAAUAUACGGUAAAAGUGUAAACAAAAAAGUAUGCGACGGGAAAGAAAGAAAGAAAUGCAUCUAAAAGAGUUGCAAUAGAUUUUAUAUUUGUUCGGGCUUUUAUGUUAGACUUGACAUGUUUAACUAGGAUGUGGACAUAUGGACCGUUUGUUUACAAAUUUUGAGUUAUCAACCGGACACGAUCGAACUAUUAUAGAAAGUAAGUUAU